UUUAGUCUAUAGGGUAAUGUUUGCGCUCUUUCUUAAUCUAGGACUUCAGAUAUUAUGAGAUAUCUACAUAUAUAUUGAUUAUUAUUGUUUAAAUAAUUGCAAACUGUAUCCAUGGCGGACGUUUUAGAUAUUGAUAACGCCGAAGAAUUCGAAGUUGAUGAUGAAGGCGAUCAGGGUAUUGCUCGUCUUAAGGAAAAAGCAAAGAGAAGAAAGGGUAGAGGCCAUGGUGCAGAAUUGAUAUCGACAAAAGAUGAUGUGGGUCAUUAUGAAUCUAUGAAUAUAGUUGAAGAAGAUGAUAAUGAACCUGGCCCUCAAAGAUCUGUAGAAGGAUGGAUUUUGUUUAUAAAUUCGGUACAUGAAGAAGCACAAGAGGAUGAUAUUCAGGACAAAUUCUCUGAGUUUGGUCAGAUAAAAAAUUUGCAUUUAAAUUUGGACAGAAGAACAGGAUUUUUAAAAGGUUAUGCAUUAGUGGAGUAUGAAACUUUUAAAGAAGCCCAAGCUGCAAAAGAAGCCUUGAAUGGGACAGAAAUUUUAGGACAAGCUAUCUCUGUUGACUGGUGUUUUGUAAAAGGACCAAAGAAGAUCAGAAAAAGGAGUCACAGAAGGAGAUAAGAAUCAGAUAAAAUAUAUGCAUAUAAUUGUAUAAAUUAUAUGUAACUAUUUCUAUAAAACAAACCAUUUUAUAUUUUAUAAAUUUUAUGUAAACAUUUAAAGUAAUCGAAGGGAAUUAUUUCUAAUUGAAAGAAAUCAUUUUCAACAGGAUUAAAUAUCAUGUUUUGUUAUUAAAAUAAAGGUUUCAUAUAGGUAAUAAUCGGUAAUAAAAGAUGAAUCAUGUAGUUACUAUGUAUGGUAUUGUAUGGUACUACUAAAAAAAUAUUAAUUAUUUAUGUGUGUGUGCAUGUGCGUACGUGUGUAUGCGUAUGUGUAAGCGUGUAAAUAUUUGUCUGAUUCAUAUCAUUUUUCAUUUUCUUUACUAUCUAUUUAGUAAUAUUUUUCUCUUUAACUUUUGUUCCUUAUUUUACGAUUUGGAAUGAAUUAACUUUUAUUCUAUAAUGAUUGAAGCUCUUGUAUAUUUUCAAUCCUAAGUUUUUGUAACAUUUCAAAUACACAUUUAAAUUUCUUUAUAAUUUAUCUCUUUAUCAUUUAUUUCUUUAUCUAGAAAUGAUAAAAGAUGCCAUUUUAAUAGAUAUAUUCAGAGAAACAUAAAAUGUUAAUUUUAUAAUAAAAUAGUAAUAUUCUUCAAUUCUAAUUAUACAAUACAUAAUUUGGCAUAUGAUUUAUUGUGCAUAGACGUGUUGCAAAAUAUGUUGCCAGUUGCUGCUUGUAGUGCUUGCAUACAUUUAGGUGUCUGAAGGUUAGAGUGUCCAGUGUAAAGAAAUAAAAUAUCGAAUCGCAAAAACAUCGGAUUCUGUAAAUUAAUAAUGCCACUGUGCGUUGUGAAACAGUGCAAAAUUCGCACUCCGUGUCGUCUAGUAUUAGGACAAAUAAAAGUACAAAGAAAUUCCGAUAUACCAUGGUAUCAUAUUAUUAUAUAUAAUAUAAGAAAGAAUAUUAUUAUUAUAAAAACUAUUUACUUAUAUAAUAACUAUAUUCUGUCAUUAAUGUGAAAUAUUAAUAAUAUAGUAAAGUAACACGAAUAAUUAUUUUAUAGAUUUCCAAAAAAUAAAAAUGAAAAAAGCAAUGGUGCGAUAUAUUGGGACUAACUGCCGAGUUAGUCCCAGUUAGAGCAAGAAUAUGUUCAACACAUUUUAAUAAAGAUGCAUUUAAUAUUUCAA